AUGUUAGUUCUCGACUUCAUUCUCUCAUAUUUUCUUUUAUUCCUUCCCGUUCUCGGCGCCCCUCCUUCAUCACAGCCACAGAAACUCAAGAUCGGUGUAUCUAUCUAUUGGAGAACAACUUGUAUUGUCCAAAAAGCAUUCAGGAACAAUAACGAUGGUCUAUUUGAAGACCUCGAUAAAGGGUUCUUACAGGGUAAUCUCGGCGAUUGGUUAUCCCCGCCCCGAAAAUUUUCUCUAAUGAGGCUUGAGAGCGAACAGCUCGGUAUCUGGGCGUAUGGAUUCAAGCUUAGGAUGGCGGAGUUUAAUCAGAAAUCAAAUACUGAAUUGCUUGAGGAUUUAAAGGACGAUCUGGAUGGGUAUUUAGAGUCUAAGGAUCACGAAUGGCCUUUCGACGAUUGUGUAGUCGAUCUCCAAAUUGAUGUGACGGAGGAAAAGACUCAAAGAAACUUCGGCGCCCCAGAUGUCGACGAAAAUACUAAACGGCUCAGAAGGGUGCGGCGUGGGCAGAAAAAGCGCAAGUCUUUAACAAAAAGAGAAGAUGACGAGGUUGUCACCCUUGAGAGUGCAUGGGAUGGUCUCCCGACAUUAUCCGCGCCUAAGGAUACAUCACUACUAAAGAGUGAGAAGAUUUCUGGAACAUAUUUCCAUUAUAAGAACCCUGGUGAAGGCGUUGUGGUCUAUGUUGUGGACGGUUAUGGCGAUCUAAACAACGAUGAAUUCCGAAAUUUAAAACUUGACGGGGUCUUGAGUGCUGGCGCCCCACCAUUUGACUUUUUGACCGAUAUCCAGGAUGCCGGCGAUCACGGUAGUAUAAUGAUAGAUAAGAUCGCGGGGGAACACGCUGGUAUAGCCCAAAGGGCAAGGAUAGUAUAUACAUCCGUAGUAGAGGGCAGUAGCUCGGUUACAUUGUUCUCACAACUCGGGGCGCUUCUCUAUACGUACGACAACAUCAUAAAUCGCUAUGUGGACCUAGAUAUACCGUGUAUCUUAAUGGAUCUUGACAAUGUGAUCGUGGUUUCAUCCACAGGGAACGACAAGCCGGUGAGUCAGUCUAAGCCUUCGACUUCUACACUUAUACCGAAUAUAUUGAGGGAGAUUUAG